UAUGGCUUCCAUUGACGAUCUUGUACUUGGAAUCGACCUUGGAACAACGUCUUURAAAGUCACUCUCCUUGAUCCAACUACCAAAACUACUAUACUAUCCAACAAGGCAGAUACGAACGCYAAAGUUCCUUCAGAUACAGACAUUAGUGAGCAAAAUGUACGAAUUAUAUUUGAUGUCCUCAAAAGUACUUUGUCAACUAUUCCCAAAGAAUUUCUUUCCCGCRUUARGAAAAUCGGUAUAAGUGGACAAAUGCAUKGUUGUUUGUUUUGGAAUAGCAAUAGCAAGUGUGCUGAUUGUGCAGAUGUUUUAAAAUGCUGCAGCAAUUGUACAUCYAAUCUUGUAACAUGGGAAGAUGGAAGAUGCAGUAAAGAUUUUCUAAACUCAUUACCAAAGGCUUCCGAAAACUGUCUGCCUCUCUCCACUGGCUUUGGAUGUGCUACUAUUUUCUGGCUCAYUAAGAACAAUCAUGAUUUUUUACAACAAUACAAUUGUGCUGGUACAGUGCAGGAUUUCCUUGUAGCAAAACURUGUGGUUUGAGCAAACCUGUGAUGUCAUUGCACAAUGCUGUCAGCUGGGGAUACUGUGACGUCAUGACGUGUAUGUGGGAAAAGCAAGUUUUACAGUCUGGAGGGUUUCCUGUUCAUCUUCUACCUGAUGUUUAUGGAGCUGGUACGUUCAUUGGUGGAUUAAACACAGACURCUAUGGUAUAGAACAAGGAACRAAAGUUGGACUUGCAUUUGGUGACUUACAAUGCUCUGUACUUGCAAGUACUGAUGACAAGAGUAAUGCAGUUUUGAACAUAGGGACGUCAUCUCAGAUUGCUAUAGUGAUAUCUGGUGAUAAGGUACSUGAAUUCAGCAAAGAUUCCUCUCCUUCAACAGUGCAAAUUUGGCCAUACUUCAAUGAUGAAUUUGUAGCAGUUGCAGCAUCAUUAACAGGUGGAAAUGUCUUAAGUACUUUUGUAAAUAUGCUGGAAGGCUGGAUGAAAGAAUUGGAAAUCACCAGUCCAAGCAAAGAAGAACUUUACAGCAAACUUAUGVAGUGUGCUUCAUCAAAAGAAGCUACCUCUUUGGAAGUAAGACCAACUCUCUGGGGAGAACGCCAUGACACAAAAUUAACAGGUCAAGUGUCUAACAUAAGGGACAGUAAUAUAUCUCUUAGUGACGUAACAAUAUCUCUGUGUCAAGGAAUUAUUCGAAAUCUCAGUUCUUUGAUGCCUAAACAUAGGUUGAUAUCUUGUGGUGUACAGAGAAUCAUAGGCACUGGUAGYGCAGUCACACAAAAUUUAAUUCUACAAAAAGAAACUGAAAAAACUUGGGGUUUGCCACUUGUUAUAAAGGAUUUGUCAGAUGCAUCUUUGGGUGCAGCUUUAGCAGUUGCGUAGAUAGUCAUCAAUGGACACCUUGUCUUGUCAUGUUAAAUUAUUAAAUGGGAGGCUUUUCAGUUCAAUUACUGAUGUCGGGGGUUAGUACUGUAAAUAAAAGAAACAAGACUGCAUACAAUUACAACCAACGAUUUUGUCGUUUGUCUA